GUGAAAUUUAGUGGCCAUUUUUGUUAGUUUGUGGCCAUGUUGACAAAGUUGCACCGACCUAAUGGUGUUGCAGAAUAGCUUCUGCAUGCUUCUUGUUUUUUCCUGGCGCAUUCUCCCUUGAUACCAUAACCAAGGAUAAAGAUUGGCUUCGACAUAACAUCUUUCACACCAGAUGUACUCGGGGGGAAAGUUUGCAACAUCAUCAUUGACAAUGGAAGUUGUGAGAAUAUUGUAUCUAGUUAUAUGGUUGAGAAGUUAAGACUGCUAGUCAAAGAUCUUGCCAAUCCAUACAAGUUACAAUGGCUACGAAAGGGAAACGAAGUAAAAGUAACCAAACGUUGCCUUGUCUCCUUUUCUAUUGGUAACAAGUACCAAGACAAAGUAUGGUGUGAUGUUAUUCCUAUGGAUGCUUGUCACUUGUUACUUGGUCGCCCUUGGCAAUUUGACCAAAAAACUAUCCAUGACGGCCAUGCCAACACCUACUCGUUUGUGAAAGAUGGUGUGAAGGUCAAGCUUAUUCCCCUGAAGCCUGAAGAGACACUUGAAAAUAAGGAUAAGGACAAGGCUUUAAUCUCCAGAUCAACCUUUCAGAAGUUGCAUCAAGAAUCAAGGACAACUUGUUUCUUAUUAUUAUCUAAAGUGAAUGAUGCCACUUCCUCUUUUCCAAAAGAUAUUCGAUCUCUCAUUGAAGAAUUUUCUAAUGUUGCUCCUGAUGAGACUCCUCAUGGAUUACCGCGAACUCAACGAAGCAAGGAUUCUAACAUGGUUGUGCCUACAAGACCAGACUUCCAAGCGACUAUGGAGUCUCUGCUACUUUUAAUGUUGCUGACUUAUCUCCUUACUAUGAGAAUCAUGUGCAUUGAACUCAAACUCGAGGACGAGUUUUCUCCAACCAAGGGAGAAUGCACCAGGAAAAAAUAAGAAGCAUGCAAAAGCUACUCUGCAGCACCACUAGGUCGAUGCAACUUUGUCAACAUAGCCACAAGUCAACAAAAAUAACCACUAAAUUCCACAAAGAUAGCUAACUCCCAACUGCAUUUUCACUUUUUAUUUAUUGCCUUCGUUAGAUUUUGCCUAUAAAUAGCGUUCUCACCAUUGUACAUGAGUUUCAAUCCAAAAAUUUCAGUUUAUAUUUCUCCUCUGUUGAGUUUCUUGAGAGUAAAUUUUCUCGAUUUAUCUUUGUAUCUUAAGUCUUGCCAACCUAAAUGGUGAACUUGACAAUCGAAUUCAUCGUAGUGGGAUUUUAAAUCUCGCCAAAAUCGGUGUUUCGGUAUCGGCUCCUACGCCAGAAGAGAAGAAAAUAUCAAGAUUAUUCAACAGUAGUGAAGAUGAUAAAGUCAUGUAUCACGUAAAUUUUGAGAGGCAUAAUGAUAUUUAAAUUUGGUUCUUUAUAAUCAAACAAGUUUCCGUUGACAAAAGCCUCCUGGCACCUCCAUUAAAGAUGCACAUGUUAGCGACAUGCUAUAAGCACUCAUUUUUUACAUCAACACUUUACGAACAAUCCAUUAAAGAAAAAGCUGAAGUCCAGAAUUAUGACCAGUUUGGCUUUGGGCCCAAGUGGAAGGUUCACCUGAACUGGUGAAAUACAUGGUUUGGUGAUGACCUCAAAAAGCCAUUUUCCUACCACUCCUAAAUAAAUUAAUGGCUUAAUCAUAUUUCAGAAAAAAUCAAAUCCCAUCUACAGUCUUCUUCACAUGAAGCACCUUCAGUUAAUAAUGACAAGGAAGACCCCCAAAAAAUUUUUAGAACAUAAACAAUAAAGCUUAGAGAUUUGGCUAAAUGAAAGUCCACACAGAUAACAUUUCAACCAGUAUCAGUACAAGCAACAACCAUAGAAAACCCUGUGUUGGGUUAAUUUGGGAGCUGUGAGACAUGGCAAAAAUUAUA